CAUGGUUCAGUGUGAAGUUGUCCCCUUUGGCCAUUGAGGCACCUCUUGGAUCCGCAAAAUUUUCUCUUGUGAAUUUUCAGUGAAAAACCACCCUCAAGACCGGAUAUAGCAGCACAAAAAGCACCCCUAGACUGUAUUGGUGGUGUAGUGAGUGGAAUAUUGUGUGAAAAUCGUGGGUGACUGGGUGAAAAAGUGCUUGGAAAAAAGUGACUCCACGGCGAUGACUUGACAUUUGUAAUUUUUUUCGGAGGUACCUUUUGUGGCCAAAAAUUUUCAGCUUCCAUCCACUGGGGUGGCUUUUUUCGUGUCCCAAGGGUAAAAUUGGGGCCUGGAGUGUGAUAGCGGUGAGAGUGUUUGAAUUGAGAGGGAGAAGGAAAAGGGAGUGAAAUCAUCAAGACAAUAUUCGUGUCCAUAUGCUGAAACAUGGAAUCUUCUCAGUUGACUGCCCAAAUGAUAAUGCAGAAGGGCAAACGAAUGGCAGCCGCCUUCAUCCAUGCCGACUGCACAUCCAAUCGUGGUGGCCAAAGUGUCCACCUCGAUCUUCUGCUUGACAAUUUGCUCGAUCCAGAAAAAUCAAUUGACACAAGUGAGACAAUUGAUUGGUGCAAGUGGCUCAUUGCAGGUGGAAGGACACCAAGUGAAUUUUCUGCCAUUGUCCGUGGCUUCGAUAAUCACGCCAAAUGUGGCCUGGUGUGGAUCCCUCAUGUGGUGGCCUAUCGAUGUCGGACCUGCGGCAUUUCUCCGUGCAUGUCAAUAUGCCGGGAGUGCUUCAAGAAGGGCGACCAUUCGACGCAUGACUUCAAUAUGUUCCUGUCGCAGGCAGGCGGUGCUUGCGACUGCGGAGACACGUCCGUGAUGAAGGCUGAGGGCUUCUGUACGGAUCAUGGGAUCAAUUACUGUGCCAACAAUGCUCCCGUCCCAGAUGAUUUGAUGUCUGUGGCGGAGGCCAUAAUGCCGCGUCUUCUUCUCCGGUUGCUUCAGCAUUUCCGGGAGAAUGGCAACAUCCGUGCUCCCGAACCAUCCUACAGCUACAGCAAGGCGGCCAAUGAAUGCGAUGAAUAUUGCAGUAUGUUAAUGGAGUUUAACAACAUGGGCGAAUUGAUGCGGCGAGUCAUGACCAGAGCAUUAAUUAAUACAGAGCUGUAUAAGCAAUUAGUUGAACCACCAUUUCCGGACAACAAAUACGGCAGAUAUUUAGCAUCCAGCAAGAAGAAGUAUGAGGAUGCUGUUAAGGCAUUUCCUAGUCCGGAACCACCAGAUGAAUAUGAGCAUUUACCGGCACUUGGAAGGACAAUAGCACAUAUAACACUCCUGCAGGAGUUCAUUUUCUGGACAUUCAAGUUUGAAUUUCCCCAGAAUAUUGUUUGUUUUCUGCUAAAUAUGUUGCCAGAUCAAGAUUACAAGGAACACUUGACGCGGACCUUUGUGAUGCAUUAUAGCCGAAUUCCCAGUGUGCUGGAAAUGUCCAAAGAUCCAGACACAUUAAGCAAUAGAGUUGUGCACAUGAGUGUACAAUUGUUCUCUAAUGAGAGUCUAGCACUGAAAAUGGUGGAGGAAUUGAGCUUACUUCAUGUUAUGAUAAUUAGUCUCAAAUUGAUGAUGUCCAAAAUUCUCAUUCUCAACACUCUUCAUGAUCCAGACAAGAAUUUUCACUUUGUCAUCGACUGUGCCAAACGAGUGAUGAAGGAACAUUGCUAUUGGCCACUCGUUUCGGACUUCAACAAUGUUCUGUCACAUGAAUCUGUGGCUCUAGUGUUUCUGCGCGAUGACAAUCUCAUCGAUAUGUGGUUUCAAUUCCUUUCGAUGCUUCAGGGAAUGAAUGUGAAUGUCCGCGAGACGGGAAGUCAUGUUGAAUUUGAGCCAAGUUCAUACUAUGCUGCCUUUUCGUGUGAAUUAGAGGCCAGUGCUUAUCCAAUGUGGUCAAUUAUCUCACACCUUCGGGAUUCGGCUCAUGCUGAUCUGGCCAAGAAGAUUAUGAGUGUUUGCGUGAGCUAUCUUCAAGACUGGUUAGAAGCAAUUAAUUUUUAUCAUCCAAAAAUUGAAAAGAGCGAAAUGAUGCACGCGUCUUUUCACUUUCCACUGCAUCGAUAUCUUGCUGCGUUCACAUGUCAAGCUGUUAGAACAAUGGGAAUGCCACUUAAAGACAUUCUGCCGUCACCGGAUCUCCUUGCACUUCUCAUGAUGCAUCCUCUGCGUGUUCAGAGUCUCUUCUAUGAGAUCCUGUCGAGCAUUUGGGUGCGCAAUGGAUUGCAGAUCAAAGGCCAGGCAAUGACGUACAUCCAGGCCAAUUUCUGCAAUUCAAUGGUGGACAUGGAUCUAUUCUUUCUGCAGCUGUGUGCCACACACUUGCCAGCUCAAACUUUCCUCACGACGGCCAUUGAGGUGUUUGGUGUUAGUGAAUGGUUGGGCAUGGGACCACUGACGUCUCCGCAGGAAAUUGAGCAGGAUUCCAUGUUGGAGGGAUUGUUGACUUUUAUAGCUACUUUGGUGACAUCUCGCACGAAUUUGGGCAAUGAUGAGCCGACACAGUGUAAAAUUGAGAUAAGUGCUCUCUUAGCCACUGGAGAUAGGACGCACAGUCAAUUGUUGGAGUUGAUGCCUGAACGUUCGGGUAAUGCGCACACGAGAAAUUUUGAGAAUUUUUUGAAGGAAUUAUCUGUGUAUCGACCACCACCAGUGGGUUCGGAAAAUCUUGAACAGGGAUUAUUUAUUCCAGUUCCGGAAGUUUGGGAAGUUUUCUAUGAUCCACUGCAUGUUCUACUGAGGGCUGUUCAUAGGAGAGAUUUUCAAAAUUCCAUGGAUAGGUUCAGUAAUUAUGUGAAGGGAGAGGGAAAGAUGCCCAGAAGUGGCAAUCUCUGGCCACCUUUUCGACUUCCCAGUGCCGUUGGAGAGGCUUACAGUGAUCCAAGUUCACUGUUGACAUCGAGGGUAUUUCAUUCGACAAUUUUGAGUAUCUUUCAUCGAGCUGUCCAUUCGCACAAUGUCUCGGAGAAUUUAAUUGCUCUGGCGGUUUUUCUGCUGGAAAUUGCUGUGAGUAAUGAGGAAAAAUGGGCUAAAAGGAGUAGUUCAACAUUGGAAUGUGGUAGAAGUUAUAGUGGUAGUGGUGCCUCGAGGAGUCCAAGAGAUCCGCCAGAGUUACUAAAUUGCUAUCCGGGAGAUUGUUUGAGUGAAAAUUUGAGGCAUUUUGUGACAAGAGUGUCCCUAACACCGCCAGAACCUCAAGUAUCACCAGCUAACUACAACACAACGACAUUUGACAGUGAUCUGGAUUGGGAUGUAUCGGAGAGUGAUCCAUUGCCAAUGCUAGUGAGUGGCAAUGAGAUGGAUUAUUCCAAUACAUCUGUGGUUAUUAUACCGUCAAAUCGAGAAGUUGCUGUACCUCAGGAUUUGUCAAUUGUACGUCCGGAUAUGAAUAUGCUCGAUGAUACAUCAAGUACACAUUCACUGCCUCCACUACCAUUGGCUGAAUCAAUGCAGGCUAUCACUGAGUAUCCAAUAAGAUUGGCUCUGCCAUCAUCGACAAUCCCGGAAAGUCGUAUGGAAGUGGCUAUUAGAAGAGAUUUUGCAUUGGCAGCUGGAGCAUCCAGUCGGAGUACCAGUGAGAUGUUCUCACCAACAAAUAGCAAUGGAACGGGAAUGAUAUUGCCUUUUCAGCGUGUUCAGCCAGUAGCUGUACCAAGUCGAACUCUCGAUGUUGUAGCUACGAAUUCCACCAAUCCUCGACGUCUGGCCAACAAGAAACGUCAAGUUGAAGGGAUGAAUUCGUCAGAUUCAGAUACAAUUCUCAUUGAAGAGAGUAUCAUAUCCCUCCUACUCAAACUCCAUUCACAACUCAGUGGAACACUGGAUAGUUUUUCACUGGAAGAAACACCAGAGAGUAGUAGUGAGGGAGGAAUUGAAGCUACUGCUGGACCAUCUAGUCACAAUUUACCCUCAACAUCUGCAGGAAUUCCCAUGGCAUCAGGUUCCACAAGUUCCACAAUUUCCACAAGUUCCACAAAUUCAAGUUCCACAAGUUCCACACGGGAUUCUCGAAUUGGAGAUGGGCCACAUUUUAUUGGGAAUCUACUGAGAAAGAUUGCCCGUAUGGAUGAGGCUUGUGCGGUGAAUAUCAAUGAGAUCAGGAGGAAGUUGUGGCCAAACCAAAGAGAACGUCAGGCUGAACAGAGAGCCAGGGAGGUAAGGGAAAAAGAGGAACGCAGUAAGCGUGCUAAGGAGCGUCAGCAGAAGUUAAUGCAGGAAUUUGCCAAUAAACAAAAGCAAUUUAUGGCAAUGGCAGCUGAAGCAAUGGAUUGCUGUGAGGAGGAUGAAGAGCUAGAACAGGCUAGGGAGAAGGAAUAUGUUUGUAUAAUUUGCAAUCGUACGAGUCCAAGUACAGAAUCUGAUCCUAUUGGAUUGGUGGUUUUGGUGGAGUCUAGUAGUGUUGUUGGGCAUCGUCGAAAGACACCUGAACGCCAUGCAUUGCCAUUGAGUGAUCAGGAGAAAAAUCGUCCGGGAAGAAAUGUGAGGAUGGCAAAUGAAUUCAAUAGACGCACAGAGAUUCUUACGUGGAAAUUUGGCGAGAUUUUUUGGUAUUUAUCCAAUAAUCUGGCCUGGGAGGGUGGUGUACAUGUACAAUCGUGUGGACAUCAUGUACAUCUCACAUGUCACGAUGCCUAUUUGUCAUCAUUGUUCUCCUCCCAGCGUCCUCAGAAUCUCAAUGUGGAACGUGGAGAAUUUCUCUGUCCGGUUUGUCGGCAGCUAUCAAAUUCUGUUUUGCCGCUCAGUCCACAAUUGGACCGUCCUACGCCUAUUGUUCGCGUACCAGCACCCCCCUAUGCCACUCUAGUCACCGAACUCACCACUCUCAUCAUGGAGAACGAACGUCCCAAGACAUCCACAAAGUUGUCCGAAGCCAUGGGACGCGCCAUGGAGGAUAUGACUAAUAGUACUCAACGCAAGGCUAAAAGAGUCCUACCAACACCUCAGAGACUUAUACUCUUUGUCACCUCAAUCGCUAGGACAAAUCUCGAGGCUGAGAUCAUUCAACGGGGAGGAUCUCUGUGCUCGGAUGAGUCUGUGAGGUACAAGCCCAAGAGAGACUGCAUAGUUCCACUUCUCCAUGUUCUGUCAGUACACGUGAGAGUGUUGAUCGAGUGGCCAGUUUGGGAUUCGUGGGCGAGUUUAUGUGGUAUUAUUCCGGCAACGGGUGGAGCUCCGGUACCGGUAUACUGUCGCGAAUUGAUUCCUAGCCUUCUGGCUGAUCCAUGUGCCCUUAUGCUCAAAUUUAUUCUUCUAGCUCCACUGCAUUUAGAUCUUGCUUACUUCACCUGCAUUGUGAAGGCAAUGUUCAAUUUGCUCUACUAUCAAGUGGUACUGCAGAUUUGUGUGACACUCACGGAAUUUGAGUGCAAUGAUAUUUUGGAACGAUGGAAAAUUCCGGAAGAUGGUACAAUUGAUAAUUUAGGAAUGGCAUUAGCAUUUGUUCUUAGUCACACUGAUAGAUGUCGCCACUUGAGGAGGGAAUGUGUCGUCGAUGAGACAGUUCCGUCUACGAGUCGUGUAAAUUUGCAAGCAAUGGAACAGCAAUUGCAGCGUCUGUGUCUCCCAUUUUUGCGAAUUGCUGCUCUGCUGAGGCAUCAUUUGUAUCAUCAAGAACUACCGGAAAUUGCUUCGCCUCAACUCGAAUUUGUACGACUGGUUUAUUUUCUGGAAUUGGUGACCAGCGGAAUGGAUUGGGAAGUGUUCAAUGGCGCCAAGGCACUUUGCUUUGUCCCGGGAACGGAAAAAUCGCUGCCGAGGCUCUGGUGUGAUCAAUUUAUGGACAUCAAGCCACCUUUUGAUCUCAUUCAGGAACUCGUAGUUAGUCAGCAUGCUGUUUGGUAUCAGCCAAGACUUCUUCAGUUGCCGCGUGAAUAUGAGAGACUCUUCACAUACUACCACGAGCAAACUUGCCAAAAAUGCCACCAAGUUCCUCUUGAGAGUUCCAUUUGCCUUCUAUGUGGCACAAUUGUCUGCCUCAAGCAGCAAUGUUGCAAGGAACAGGAUUGCUGUGAGGCCGUUACGCAUUCAAUUACUUGUGGCGGAGGUACUGGAAUCUUUUUAGUGGUAACAUCGACGUACAUUAUUGUUAUUCGAGGACGUAGGGCGUGCCUGUGGGGAUCACUCUAUUUGGAUGAUUACGAUGAGGAAGACCGUGAUCUAAAACGCGGUAAACCACUGUAUCUCAGUGAGGAUCGUUUCAAUCUUCUCGAGUCCCAAUGGCUGUCGCACAGAUUUGCCCACACAAAGAAUACUUGGGUCUGGCAUCGAGACUCCCUCUAAUUGAUUUUUCAGUGAAAUUUAGCGUGAGAGAUGUGUUAGAUCUUGGAUGUUGGUGGACAUAAAAAUUGUUUAGCUUUUUGUUCAGCGAAUUAUUUCGUUUAAUUUUUUUUUGUAUUUAAUUAAGUUUGCUAAUUCGAUUGAAAAACAAAAAUUGGCUUUUUGGCAAGAAAAAAUCGAUAAGAAAAAAAAGAUUUUCGAACAAAAUUGGAAUAUUAUUUUGAAAUAAUUGGUAAGUGAGAAUGUUUUGCUGAUUGUAGCAGAGAAACCGACGAGGUGAACGAUAUUUGUUAAUACAAUUUCUAAUCAUGUGAUAUUUAUUAGAAAUUUAGUAUAUAACAAUUUGGACAUUAAACCCAUUCUAUUUUUACUCUUGGUCAUUUUCUUAUUAUUUCUCACCACGAUUUAUUAUAAUGAAAAAAAGGGGAGUUCAUUUAGGGAGGACUUUUCGAAAUGUUGUUUUUUGUGAUAUAUAUAUUUUUCUCCCUAUUCUCUUUUCUUCUAAAUAUUCUUCAGACUUUCUUUUUUAGAGCGCCAAUGAAAUUUAGAACGAAUUUGUAAUCGACAUCUCGUACGAAUCUUCAAUGACUAUUUAAAUAAACUUUAAUGAUAAAUUCUUUAAAAAAAUAUAUAUAAAUACAUUUAAUAAUUUUAUUGACAUACACAGAAAAAUUAAAAUUAUGUGUAAAUAUAAUAAUCUAUGUAAUCUAUGAAAAAAAAGUGGAAAAUCAAAUAUAUGUAAAUAGCUAAUGAGGGAAUCAAAAUUAUAAAUAAUAAUCCUCAAAUAUCAAUAAUUUUGAGCAUAGUUUUUUUUUGUCGAACAUCGAUUGAAGAUUGAAGAAGUGGAUAUUAAUUCAUUGAAUAUACGAGUAGAUAGAUAAAGAGAAAUUUUGAUCACAAUACGUCUAAUUUUGUUGUGAACAUUUUUUGAAUUAUAUACCAACAAUGGAAAGAGAGAAUUAAACUAUCAAAAAGAGAUAUUGUAUAAUUAUCGUUGUUUUAGAAGAUGCUGUAUUAUCUCCUUAAUAAACAUUUACAUACAUUAUUAUGAGAAAAAUCACGAUAAUAUUAAAGGGAUAGAAAAACGUAAAAA